AUGAUGAAGACUCUUCUAUUGAUUAUUUUUCUUAAUUUAAUUUAUUCUUCUAUCAAUGCUGAAUUUUGUCAUACAGACGAUUGUCGUAGUGGUGACUGUGAAUUAUUACGUCUUUCCAGUGGCUAUUUAAAGAAAAUUUGUCAUUGUCCUAAAGGUGUUUGUGGUGAAACAUGUCAACGUUUAUGUAAUACAACUUCCCAAUGUGAUACAAAUCCUUGUUGGUUUGGUGGUACUUGUGUGGAUGUAGCAAAUUCUGAUUAUAUUUGUUUAUGUCCAUCAAAUCAUUCUGGUAAAAAUUGUCGUAUAUUACUUUCAUGUAAAACGAAUAGUUGCCACAAUGGUGGAACAUGUUUUGAUACUGUUUAUGGUGCACAAUGUAGUUGUCCAGAAGAUUUUUCUGGUAAUUAUUGUGAAUAUAAAAAAAUGAAAUUAAAAUCAAAAUCAACUGAUAAUGUACCACGUGUGGAAUAUAAACAAUUUGAUGCUGAAACAUUAGCUGUUCUUAAUAAUUUAGGAAGUUCAUUAAAUGAUAAUACUCCACGAACGAAUAGUUUAAGUAAUAGUGUAACUAUAGUUAGGGGUAAUCAUUCACAAUUUGUUUUUUGUUUAACAAAUCCAUGUGAAAAUGGUGGCACUUGCUUUGUAACAAAUACAGCAACGACAAAAGGAAUUUGUGUUUGUCGCGAUGGAUACAAUGGUGAUUAUUGUGAAAAUGCAUAUAACAAUGUAUCAGUUGCUGUUAGAGUACCGAGUGGUUAUUGUUCAUCAAGUCCAUGUUUAAAUGAUGGAACUUGUGUAGAAGUAGGAAAUUUUCAAGGUUAUUGUCGAUGUACAGCAGAAUAUCGAGGUGUUUAUUGUGAAAUAUCUGUACGAGCUGUUAGUUGUAAUCCAAAUCCUUGUAAAAAUGGUGGAACUUGUGUUUUAUUAGAAAAUAAUCAAGCACAAUGUUUAUGUACACCAGUAUUUCGUGGUUUAACUUGUAAUCAAUUUAGUUAUGUACCUUGUGGAGAGGCCACUUGUCAUGGUACACAAGGUACUUGUGUUGCUAAUAAAUGUAUUUGUAGAACAGGAUUUGCUGGACCAAGAUGUGAUUCAGCAGAUUUUUGUGCAACAUUUCCUUGUCUUAAUGGAGGAACAUGUAUUCGAACGAAUGAAGAACCUUAUGGUGGUUGUAGUUGUCCACCUGAAUAUUCAGGUCCAACUUGUAGUAAUGAUCCAUGCAAUCCAUCGCCAUGCUUAAAUGGAGGUUAUUGUGUACGAAAACCUGAUAAUCAAUUUUAUUGUCAAUGCCGUAAUCGAAAUAAAGGAGUUUAUUGUGAACAGGUGGAAUGUUUUCCAUCAGAUGCUACUGUUGAUGUACUUAAUAUUGGUAAAGUUCCAUUAUCAUCUUUACAAAUUGGUUCUCAAGUUCGAAUUAUUAAUGAAGAAAAUCGCAUUAGUUAUUCACCAAUAAUUGCAUUUCUUCAUCGAGAACUUAAUGAACAUGCUUUAUAUAAACGUAUACGUACAAAAAAUUCAAUUAUUGAAUUAUCAAAACGUCAUUUAAUUCAUCAACGUCAAAAUGGGUUUAUUUGGGCUGAAAAAUUAAUUAAAGGUGAUGAAAUACUUGUUUUAUCAUCAAUUCAUAAAAAUGAAACACAAUGGGAAGAGAUUAUCGAAAUAACUGAUAUUUAUAAACAAGGUCUUAUGGCUCCAUUAACUGAACAAGCUCAUUUUGCAUUAGCGCCUUAUCGAUUUUAUUAUCAAUUAUUUGGUCAAUUGUCUAAUACAAAUUCAAUGACAACACCAAUACUUUCCUAUGCUGAUAUACUUUUUCAUUUUUUCAAAAAUUUACCUAUUGCUAAAGAACUUAUUUUUUGA